AUGCACCAUCAGGUCAAGGGCGAGGAGCACGUGCUCUACGAGGACAGCGAUGCAGCUUCCUCGCACAUGUCCAGCACCACUUUGACAGUUCGGCGGCAGAACGCGAACGAGGUUCUGAACAAUAGGUUUCCUGACUUCCUCAAGGAGGUGACGGCGCACUUCAAGCUGAAUGGCAAGGGCAGCAAGGGCACUAUGGUGCUCUACCGUGGCGCUAUGACAGACGCUGAGGUCGGCUUCACAGCGAACAUGGAUCUAGUCAUGGAGCAGGUGCUACCGAACUGGGAUACGGCGACGGUGGUCGUGCAUCCCCGCUCGCACUUCCGCAUGGCGUGGGACCCCACGACGGUGUUUCCACAUGAAACGGCCAGCGCCUACGCCGGCCUCAGCAACGUCCCCCGUGGCUUUUCCACGACGGAUUGUAGGAUCAUCUUAGCUGAUUCAGAUCCGUACACACCGGUGGACUCUUUCUACUUGUCAGCCGCCAACUGCACGCUAGGGCACGCGGCGAACACCUACUAUCUCGUGCAGAAGCGUGCCGCCUCCAUCUCGCUAAUGGACCUUCAAAAACUGACGUACAACAUGUGCUACAUGUACCCAAACAAACCAGACGCGCUGCCGCUGCCACUCCCCAUUAAGUGCGCCUACGAGUACGCGCGUAAGUACGGAUCGCUGAAGUCAGUGAAGGAGCUGCCAACUCGUAUGCGCCCCACGAUGCACUACCUGUAG